AUGGAAAACGGGACAUAUCCAAAUGUGGCAGAGUUCAUUCUCCAGGGUUUAUCACAGAUGUGGGAACUGCAGCUGUUCCUCUGUGUGCUUCUGCUCAUCUUCUAUGUCAUCAUUCUGCCUGGGAACAUCCUCAUCAUUGUGACGAUUUGGAAUGACCCCCAGUUGGGAUCCCCCAUGUUUUUCUUCUUGGCUAACCUUGCCUUCAUGGACAUCUGCUACAGCUGUGUCACCCCUCCGAAGAUGAUCUCUAACCUGUUGUCUGGCAGUAGAUCCAUCUCCUAUUCAAGCUGUAUGGCUCAGAUAUUUUUCAUCCAUUUUCUGGGUGCAUCUGAGAUGUUCCUGCUCAUCGCCAUGGCUUUUGACCGCUACAUGGCCAUCUGCUACCCACUCCACUAUGGCUCUGUGAUGACCAGAUGGCUUUGCUGGGUGUUGGUGCUAUGUGCCUGGGCUGGAGGGUUCAUGCAUUCCAUAAUCCAGGUCAUCCUCAUCGUCCUGCUCACGUUCUGUGGUCCCAACAAGCUGGACAACUUCUUCUGUGAUAUCACCCAGAUCAUCAGGCUGGCUUCUACUGAUACUUACACUUUAGAGUUUGUCAUGUUUGUUAGCAGUGGCCUGGUCAGCACGGCAUGCUUCAUCCUCCUCCUCAUCUCCUAUGGGGCCCUACUGGUCAAGGUGAGGAUGGGUUCCAGCCAAGGGAAGAGCAAAGCUUCCUCCACAUGCGUCACCCAUAUCAUCAUCACUUUCAUCAUGUUUGGCCCAGCCAUCUACAUCUACUGCCAUCCCUUCCAGGACUUCCCAUUCGACAAAGUGGUGGCUUUUUUCCACACGGUGGUCUUUCCCUUGAUGAACCCAACAAUCUAUACACUGAGGAAUAAAGAGAUCAAAGUUGCCAUGUGGAGACUGCUGAAGAAAUAUAAAAUGUGGGGGAACAAGUAA